UAAACAGGAAGUGACUAGGGACAUACUCCAUACCGCCAUACCAACGAGGCCACAUACCGCAAUAUCAUCAGUGAAACAGAUAUGGCUUCAUCCUGUCAGCAAACUGAUCUGACCAAGGGAAUGAACCGCCUGAGGCUUGACGGGAAAUAUAGUGACGUCACAAUUAAAUGUGGAGAUCGAUCCUUUUUUUGUCACCGAGUCGUACUGGCGGCCAUGUCAGAAUUUUUUGAAUGCAUGUUCGAUAGUGAAAUGCAGGAGUCGCAGACCGGCGAAGUUGAUCUGAGCUCUUUGAACGUCUGUAACGAAGUGAAUAUUUGUGAGAAGGUUCUUGAGUUUAUGUACACAGGAGAAUCUGCUGUCGACAUGCCCUCCGCAGCACACCUACUAGAUAAUGCACAGCUGAUGCAGAUACCUUCAUUACAGACAGCCUGUCUAAAGUUUCUGACGACAAAUCUAAACAAAACCAACUGCCUCUCCGUUUGGCAAACAGCAGCAGCUCAUGGCUUUGCUGAGCUAGAUGCAUUAGCACUUUCACUGGUAAAGAAACACUUUCAGGAGGUCUGUUUUAGUGAUGAUUUUUUGGCUCUUUACAAAAUAGACUACAUUCUGAACAUUCUGAACGGUCAGAACGUCAAUUGUCCAGAUACCACCGUUAUUUGUAAGGCAGUUAUGUCAUGGAUACAAGCCGAUUUUGAAAAUCGUUCUGAUUACAUAGAGAAGAUCAUGAGAGCUUUGCAUGUCCUACCCGUGGACGUGAAGGAUAUCGAGGACACCGUGUCUUGUGAUCAGUUUAGGGAUAUCUCCGACCACUCGGCGUAUCGGAGAGAAGUACAAUGGAUGAGGGACCAACGAUCCUUACUCCUCAGGCCAACAAAACAGGACGUUUUCAGUGAUGAAUCGAUCGUUGUCAUUGGUGGGUGCGAGGAUGGAUCCAAUAAAGAUAUGCAAUGCUUCAGUUUUCCUCAGAAAAAAUGGUUCAAAUUGGCGUCACUACCGUCCGAUGUUGGUUUCGAUUUUGCAGUCUGUUCUAGUGGUAUGGACAUAUUUGUUUCUGGUGGCACUAACAACAAGAACGCUUUCCUACGCUACGACGGCGAGAACAACAGAUGGGACAAAAUGCCAGCAAUGCCUUGUAGGAGACAACGCCAUUGCAUGGCGGUAGUUCGGAACACUUUGUACGUGCUUGGUGGAUAUGACACACCACAGUCGAGUCCGUACCAAAACAUUGACGCGUUUAAUUUGAUCACAAUGCAAUGGGUGACUACAGGAAAGAAGCUAUUUCUGGCGAAUCCCGUGAGGUCAGCUUCGUGUGCGGUUCUUCGUCGAACUAUUUACAUAGUUGGUGGUCUGGAUUCAAAAGGAGCGCUGGUCAAUAGAGUGCAGUAUGUUAAUGUAGUAGACUGUUACUCUGGCGAGGAAUUUCAGAUCCUACCCAUUGAACCAAACUUCCAGUACAAGGCGGUAGUAGUCGAUGAUAAACUUUACGUUGUAUCAAAAAAUGGUGACGUGUUGGACUUCUGCCCUAAAGCCAAUCAUCGACCGCUCAUUGUAGGCAAACUAUCACAUUUCCCCAGGAAAGACUACGGACUUUGCGAGUUUGAAAAUAACAUCCUUGUGCUGGGCGGAGUAGUCAGCUUCCAACCGAGGUCAGAUAUGAUCCAGUUCCAUAUCAAGAAUGCAUUAACAAUUAGCAUGCAGGAGGUGAUGCCAUCCCCUAGACGCCAGUUCGGUGUGUGUAAGACAACUGUCAUUAGGCGUCAUCUGAGUAACGUUGAUGACUGAUAUCCUGGGCCUCAUGAUGUUUGUAGAUAUGGCGUCACCUGAGUAACGUUGAUGACUGAUAUUCUGGGACUCAUGAUAUUUAGAUAUGUCGUCAUCUGAGUAACAAUGAUGACUGAUAUUCUGGGCCACAUGAUUUUUGUAGAUAUGGCGUCACCUGAGUAACGUUGAUGACUAAUA